UCCGUUGGUUCCCCGCGCGAACGAACGGCUGCGUGUGACUUGUGUGCCUGUCUCUCCUCAGCUGAGCCAUGGUGGUCAUCGCGCUGUCCCCGAGCCUGCUGCUCCGAGCCCUGGCCCGGGCGGGACGAGCUCCCCGAGCCUGCUGCUGUGCCCUGAGCUCCCGUCGGCUGCACCUCACCGCGCCCAGAAAUGAUGCAGUCAUAAUUUCUGGAAGAAAGCUGGCUCAGCAGAUCAGACAGGAAGCCCGACAUGAGGUUGAACAAUGGGUAGCAGCUGGUAACAAGAGACCCCAUCUCAGUGUGGUUCUAGUUGGAGAAAAUCCUGCAAGUCACUCCUAUGUACUUAACAAAACCAAAGCAGCGGCUGAUGUAGGAAUCAGCAGUGAAACAAUCCUGAAGCCAGCCUCCAUCACUGAAGAGGAGCUGCUUGAUUUGAUUAGCAAGCUAAAUGAUGACACCAAUGUGGAUGGCCUAUUAGUGCAGCUUCCCUUACCUGAGCAUAUUGAUGAGCGAAAGAUCUGCAAUGCUGUGAUCCCAGAAAAAGAUGUUGAUGGCUUUCAUGUGGUGAAUGUGGGGCGCAUGUGUCUGGACCAAUAUUCAAUGCUGCCAGCUACACCUUGGGGUGUGUGGGAAAUCAUCAAGAGAACUGGAAUCCCAACCCUGGGGAAGAAUGUAGUAGUGGCUGGCAGAUCAAAGAACGUUGGAAUGCCCAUUGCAAUGUUGCUGCAUACCGACGGCAGACAUGAGCGCCCUGGAGGUGAUGCAACAGUAACAAUAUCACAUCGCUACACUCCUAAGGAACAGCUCAAGCAACACACGAUUUUGGCUGAUAUUGUGGUAGCAGCUGCAGGUAUUCCUAAUCUGAUCACAGCUGAUAUGAUUAAAGAAGGAGCAGCAGUUAUUGAUGUUGGGAUAAACAGAGUGCAAGAUCCUGUUACUGCGAAGUCAAAACUAGUUGGAGAUGUGGAUUUUGAAGGAGUAAAGAAGAAAGCCAGUUACAUCACUCCAGUCCCUGGGGGAGUUGGGCCCAUGACAGUUGCUAUGCUGAUGAAGAAUACAAUUAUUGCGGCAAAGAAAAUGCUGAAAUCUAAAGAGCUUGAAGCCUUAACUGUUUAAUGGUGGACUUAUAACUUUCAAAAUAACAUUCCAAAUCAACUCCCAAAACCAGGCCGAUAGAAAUGCAAUAUUUUUAUUUAUUGUAUAGAAGUUAAUUCAAUGAUACUUUGAAGUCACUAGAUAUUUAUUUAAAGCAUAAGUAUACAAUCAUUUGUAUACAAAGGCUUUAAGCAGCUAAAUACCUGGGUCACUCCAUCUGUUUAGUUUCUAAUGAUUCCCAGCGAAGCUGGGUUUCUUUAAUAUUUAAACUGGUUACAUUCUGAGAGGUCUAAAACUUGCAGGAUGGAGAAAAUCAGCUGCAAGGGAUUUUAAUGCUGUGACAGUGUCACUUAUACAGGAAUUUAUAGUACACAGGAUAUGUGAAGCUAGCAAGUUGGAAAAAGUAUCAUCUACAGUGAAAGAAUAAUGAUCUUCAAGGUAAAGUGCUUUCAUAGAUACUGAAAUUUGACCACAUUUACAGGAUUGUUUGCUAGCACUGUUGGACACUAGCUCAAAUCUAGGUAGCAUUGAAUCCUGCUAAGACAUCUUAUAAGCGCAAACAAGUUGAAAGCUAAACAGUUCUCCCAGCUAUUGGUAUGUAGCUAGACCAAUAUUCAGUACUGAGGCACAAUGCGACUAUUUUUCUUUAGCCAAAGAACAGAGGUGGCUGUUGGCUCUGCAUUGGAUGUGAUAUUUUCCACUACAGUGUGAGACCUGAAAAUGCUUAGUGAAUAACCCAGGCUAACUUUGAUUAAAAAAUAAUUGCUUGGUCUCAGAAUAAUUAGGAUGGGUGAGUAACAGCCCACAUGUUACAUUUUUGAACAUAUAGCCUGCCAAUUAAAUUGCUGCAGGGCAUUCGAUCUGUAUAUAGUUGCCUUGGAUAAUUUCUGGUCUGGUAUUACUCAAAAGCUACUUUUAAAUUCACUACUGUUUUGGUGUAUCACUUUCCUAAAAAGAGCUAGGAUAGCUGUUUUCCACACAGCUAAAUCACUUGACUUUGUUUCUGGUCAGAGACAGCCAUUACACCAAAUGGUUUGGUUGUCUAUUCUGGACCAGUCACUUGAUUGCAAUUACUAAACUCACUUCCACUUUUGUCAAAGAAGCAGACUGCUUUGUGUGGUUUUUUUUUUAAGGAGAUAGCUUCCAACUUUGUUUCAAAGUACAAGGUCAGCUGUAGUUGAAGCUGCUGCAGCAGAAGUGAAUUGUAAUUUAAACUCAUUUCUGCUGCUUAUCUCUCUGUUGCACCAAAAUUUGCAGAAUAGCUUCUUUAAUGCUAUCAGUACAAAAGGGACUUUUAAAGUUUCUUACCAUCUAUAGUGGACUGCAGCUUCAUAUUAAGUAGGAUGAAGAAGAUUGGUUUUACAUUUCUUUCUAGACACUUUCCUCUACAGCAAGUCCUGUGUUUCUUCUGAAGGCAAAGCCUCAAGUGUCCUGGAAAGUAGUUUGAAACAAAACCUGCUCCUGCUGCCAAAUCUCUAAGAGGAAGAGAGACCUUUAUUGUGAGCA